UUGGCAGAGAGAGGAUAUAUUUAUGGUUUGGAAAGAUUCUGACGGAGUAGUGAGCUAGCCAACUUUGCUAGCAGGCUAAUAGGGCUAGCUAGCUAGCUAAUAAUACAAGGAUGCUACGGUGGAUACGGCAACAGCUGGGCUUCGACCCUCCCCAUCAAAGCGAAACCAGAACAGUUUACAUUGCAAACCGCUUCCCACAGCGUGGCCAUUAUAUCCCCCAGAGGUUUGCAGACAACAGAAUCAUAUCCUCUAAGUACACCAUAUGGAAUUUCGUUCCCAAGAAUCUGUUUGAACAGUUCAGAAGAAUAGCCAAUUUUUACUUUCUCAUCAUAUUCUUGGUCCAGUUAAUGAUAGACACCCCGACUUCCCCUGUGACAAGUGGGCUUCCUUUAUUUUUUGUCAUCACUGUAACUGCCAUCAAACAGGGGUAUGAGGACUGGCUACGACACAAAGCAGAUAACGAGGUGAACGGAGCGCCUGUGUUUGUGGUGCGCAGUGGCAGCCUGGUACAGACACGGUCAAAGAACAUAAGAGUUGGAGACAUCGUGAGAGUAGCCAAAGACGAGACAUUCCCAGCAGACCUGGUGCUCCUAUCAUCAGACAGGGAAGAGGGGACCUGCCACAUCACCACUGCCAGCCUGGACGGAGAGACCAAUCUGAAGACUCACUAUGCAGUGCCAGAGACGGCCACGUGCCAGUCCGUGUCCAGGCUGGAGACCCUGCAGGCGGUGGUGGAGUGUCAGCAGCCAGAGGCAGACUUAUACAGGUUUGUGGGGCGAAUGACGAUAAAGCAGCACGGAGAGGAAAUUGUGAGGCCUUUAGGGCCAGAAAACCUCCUACUUCGAGGGGCAAGACUGAAAAACACCAAAGAAAUAUUUGGUGUGGCAGUAUACACAGGCAUGGAGUCCAAAAUGGCACUAAAUUACAAGUGCAAAUCCCAAAAGCGCUCGGCAGUGGAGAAGUCCAUGAAUACAUUUCUCAUCAUCUACUUGGGGAUUCUGCUCUCCGAGGCCGUGCUGAGUACCAUUUUAAAGUACGCCUGGCAGGCGGAGAACAAGUGGGACGAACCCUUCUACAACGAGAAGACAGAGCAAGAGAGAAACAGCAGCCAGAUUUUAAAGUUUAUCUCUGAUUUCCUGGCUUUCCUGGUAUUGUACAAUUUCAUCAUCCCUAUAUCCCUGUAUGUCACCGUGGAAAUGCAGAAAUUUCUCGGCUCUUUUUUCAUCGGCUGGGACUUGGACCUGUACCAUGAGGAGACUAAUCAGAAGGCUCAAGUGAACACAUCAGAUCUCAAUGAGGAGCUGGGUCAGGUUGAGUACGUGUUCACAGACAAAACGGGCACACUGACCGAGAACGAGAUGCAGUUCCGCGAGUGUUCUAUCAACGGAACCAAAUACCAAGAGAUCAACGGCAAACUUUUCCCCGAAGGAUUGACUGAUGACUCACCAGACGGCUCUGCUCCUGGUCUAGGCAAAGAGGGGGAGUUGUUCCUGAAAGCAGUCUCGCUGUGCCACACAGUCCAGAUCAGCUAUGAUCAGACAGAUGGCCCGGGGGACCCUUUCUCACACACCAACGGCCUCUCCUCCCAGAUGGAGUACUACGCCUCCUCUCCUGACGAGAAGGCUCUGGUGGAGGCCACAAAGAGGAUGGGCGUAACAUUCAUGGGAAGCAAAGGAGAGUACAUGGAAAUCAAAAUAUGUGGAAAAUUUGAAAAGUAUAAACUGCUGCACGUGUUGGAGUUUGAUGCAGACCGAAGACGAAUGAGUGUGAUAUUGAGAACGCCCUCAGGGGAGAAGGUGCUGUUUACUAAAGGAGCUGAGUCAGCGAUUCUUCCCUACACCAAAAGCGGAGAGAUAGAAAAAACCAGAGUGCAUGUGGAUGAAUUUGCCUUGAAAGGUCUGCGGACGUUGGUCGUGGCCUACAGACCCUUCAGUGAGGAAGAGUAUAAGGAGGUAGACCGGAGGAUCCACGAGGCCCGCACAGCCCUGCAGAACCGAGAGGCGCGCCUGGCUGAGGUCUUUAACUUCGUUGAGAAAGACUUGGUGCUGCUAGGAGCCACCGGCGUAGAGGACAAGCUGCAAGACAAAGUCCAAGACACCAUUGAGGCUCUGCGGCUGGCAGGAAUCAAGGUGUGGGUUCUGACCGGUGACAAGCAUGAAACGGCCGUGAGCGUGAGUCUCUCCUGCGGCCAUUUCCACCGCACAAUGAACAUCCUGGAGCUGGUGCAGAAGAAAACAGAUCAAGAGUGUGCCGAGCAACUGCGCAGGCUGUGCAGGAGGAUUACGGAGGACCAUGUGAUCCAGCACGGUUUGGUGGUGGAUGGUGCCAGUCUCUCUCUGGCCCUGAGGGGACAUGAGAAGCUCUUCAUGGAGGUCUGCAAGAACUGCUCUGCCGUGCUCUGCUGCAGGAUGGCCCCUCUGCAGAAAGCCAAGGUGGUGAGGCUGCUGAAGACGUCCCCGGAGAAACCCAUUACUUUGGCCAUCGGGGACGGAGCCAACGAUGUCAGCAUGAUUCAGGAGGCCCAUGUUGGUAUAGGUAUCAUGGGAAAAGAGGGAAGACAAGCUGUGAGAAACAGCGACUAUGCAAUCGCAAGGUUCAGAUUCCUUGCAAAGUUACUUCUCGUUCACGGCCACUUCUAUUACAUUAGGAUAGCAACACUCGUACAGUACUUUUUCUACAAGAAUGUGUGCUUUAUCACACCCCAGUUUUUAUACCAGUUCUUCUGUCUGUUUUCACAACAAACCCUGUAUGACAGCGUGUACCUGACGCUCUAUAAUAUCUGCUUCACCUCCCUGCCCAUACUGGUAUACAGUUUAUUUGAGCAACUGGUGCAUCCACAUAUCUUGCAGAGCAAACCAGUGCUUUACAGGGACAUCAGUAAGAACUCCAUGCUCUCUUUUAAGACCUUUUUAUACUGGACAGUGCUGGGCUUCUGCCAUGCCUUUGUCUUUUUCUUUGGUUCCUAUAUUCUCAUGGGAGAAGACACGUCCCUCAUGGGGAAUGGGCAGAUGUUUGGAAACUGGACUUUUGGUACGCUGGUAUUCACUGUAAUGGUCAUCACAGUUACCCUAAAGCUGGCCUUGGAGACACAUUUCUGGACGUGGAUGAAUCAUUUUGUCACAUGGGGCUCCAUUGCUUUCUACUUUAUCUUUUCCUUGUUCUACGGUGGCAUCAUCUGGCCCUUCCUCCACACACAGGACAUGUACUUCGUCUUUGUCCAGCUCCUGUCCAGCGGCUCCACGUGGUUCGCCAUCAUCAUCAUCAUCACCACCUGCCUCUUCCCAGACGUCAUCAAGAAAGUCGUCUACAGGCACCUUCAACCUACCAGUACACAGAAGUCUCAACUUAUUGAGCCCUACCGGGGCAUCGGAUGCAUGGACUCGCUGUGCUGCGUCUCGGAGGGGCAGAGCGGCUGCGCACGGCUGGGUGAGCUGGUGGAGCGAGUGACCGGCCGCUGUGAUCCCGCACGGGCCGCCAGGUGUGACAUCUCCCUUUCUAAUCUCUGCUGCAGACGUUUCUCCUACAAGCUGGAGCGAGACGAACCCACGGCCCUGGAGGAGUGAGGCUCGCCGCUGUAGCGCAGGGCGUUAUCGUCUGUAGGGAGAGCAUCAGAUAGCUAGGAGUGUUGCACGCUAACAUAACCUUUGUAGUGGAAACCUAUAUGUCUUGUAUGCUAAGGUGAACAUCUCUGAGGCUGUGUGGUUUACUGAUGCGGGUGUGUGUGGAACUUGUUUUCCCAUGUCUUUAAAGCCAUGCGUCAGUGUAAUCAGCCUCGUCUCCUCUGGUUUGGUGUCCU